AUGAUAAAGAGCAGUUUUAAACCUAGUCCUUUCAAACCUCCAGCAAGGAUACCUUUAAAACCAUCUAAUAGUGACAACAUACCCAAUACAUCACAGGAAAAAAAAGUAAAGCCUCUAACUUCAAAUCGAUCAAAGCGUAUUAAAGUCAACAAUGACUCUGCCGAUGAUGAAAACACUUAUCGUUCUGAAUCUGAAGAUCCUGAGGAUGAAAAUCGCAUGCGAAAAAUUCCAAAAAAUGAUAACAAAGACUCUUCUGAUACUGAUGAUACUGAUACAAGUCUCCCAAGUGCAAUUCGUUGCACUUCAUCAUUUCCCGCUCUUGCGAAACUUUAUAGACCCUUCAAACCUCCUACUUUUACCAACCCAUCUCUGUCCCUUCUAAAUCAAGGGGGCAUUCAGAAAAAGCGUCCUGGUUGGGGUCAUCGACAUGUUGUAAAGAGACCUUUGUUCGAUCCAUAUGCUCCUGACGCGAUCAAUGAAACGAGAAAAAAAGUUCACGUGGUUGUUGAUCCCAUUUUAGGUAAAAAACUUCGACCACAUCAAGUUGAAGGUGUAAAG